AUGUUUACGGGUACUUUGCGUCUGAAAAUCUGCGAAGCAACCGGGUUGCGGCCGACGGACUUUCAGACGCGCCACACGAUGACAUUCGGCCGGCUCGGCGAUCAGCUCAUCGAUCCGUACGUGUCCAUAGACGUCGACGAGAAGUUUAUAGAGCGCUCCACCACAAAACCGCGCACCUUCGACCCGGCGUGGAACGAGAGCUUCAUACACGAGGUGGAGAACGCGAACGUCCUCGGGAUGACGAUCUUCCACGAGGGUCCCAUCACGGACGUGUUCGUGGCCAACACGACAAUACCGUUCGAGGAUCUGGUCACACGGAACGAGUCGGAGCAGCAGGACUUUUGGGUGGAUCUUGAACCGCAGGGCCGACUGCACGUAAAAAUCGAUCUUCGGUGGACGCAGGACGCCAACAAUGUAGCCUCGCAGAACUCGUGCCGCCGGGCGGUCGUCAAGGAUCAGCCAUUUUUAAAUCGCCGCCGCGGUGCAAUGAGAAGACGUGUUCAUCAGGUCAAUGGUCACAAGUUUAUGGCCACAUUCCUGCGUCAACCGACGUUCUGCUCCCACUGUCGCGAGUUCAUAUGGGGAUUAGGCAAACAGGGCUAUCAGUGUCAAGUGUGCACAUGCGUCGUCCACAAGCGGUGCCAUAGUUCGGUCGUGACAAAGUGUCCCAAGAAAAAGGAUGAGGUACGUCAAACCAAACCGACACCAACGGAGGCAGCCCAACGGUUCAAUGUAAAUAUGCCACAUAGGUUUUCAGUGCACUCGUUCAAGCGGCUGACGUUCUGUGAUCACUGCGGGUCGCUGCUGUACGGCAUCAUUAGACAGGGGCUGAAGUGCGAGGUGUGCAGCAUGAACAUCCACCGGCGCUGCGAGGGCAACGUGGCCAACAACUGUGGCAUCAACACCAAGCAGCUGGCCGAGCUGCUGAACGAGAUGGGCAUCACCAUGGACAAAACACCACCCCGUAGAUCUAAGUACUCCAACCAAGGGCCUGGUGAUAGCCUCUCGAUGUCGGAACGCUCGGACGAUACGUGCUCGCUCGAUACGCUCUCGACCAAGAGCAGCGUGGACAGUGAGCUCGGCGGAGGGGCCGCCUCCCUGCAGCACUACGGCGGGCGCGGCGGUGCCGGUGGUCACACCUCAAAGGCUGGCGGGCCGGCGAUGGGCCUGCUGGUCAACCUGGGCGCCGACGACGACGGCAAUGCGCGCCCGAUGGCGGGCAAGGUGUUCCUGACGGACUUCAACUUCAUCAAGGUGCUGGGCAAGGGCUCGUUCGGCAAGGUGAUGCUGGCGGAGAAGAAGGGCACGGACGAGGUGUACGCGAUCAAGGUGCUGAAGAAGGACGUGAUCCUGCAGGACGACGACGUGGACUGUACGAUGACGGAGAAACGCAUCCUGGCGCUGGCCGCCAAGCAUCCGUUCCUGACGGCGCUACACUCGUGCUUCCAGACGCCCGACCGGCUGUUCUUCGUGAUGGAGUACGUGAACGGAGGCGAUCUGAUGUUCCAGAUACAGCGGGCCCGCAAGUUCGACGAACCGCGGGCCGCCUUCUACGCCGCCGAAGUCACGCUCGCGCUGCAGUUCCUGCACCGGAACGGUGUCAUCUAUCGCGAUCUCAAGCUGGACAACAUACUGCUCGACGCAGAGGGCCACUGUAAGCUGGCCGAUUUCGGCAUGUGCAAGGAGGGCAUUACCGGCGACAACCUCACGUCGACCUUCUGCGGCACACCGGACUACAUUGCACCCGAGAUCCUGCAGGAACUGGACUACGGACCGUCGGUGGACUGGUGGGCACUCGGGGUGCUUAUGUACGAGAUGAUGGCCGGCCAGCCCCCGUUCGAGGCGGACAACGAGGACGAUCUCUUCGAGGCGAUCCUUCGCGACGACGUCCUCUACCCGGUGUGGUUGUCCCGCGAAGCGGUAUCCAUUCUGAAAGGAUUCAUGACCAAAAACGCGGCGAAGCGGUUAGGCUGCACCGAUGGCGAAAAUCAAAUCCGAAGUCAUCCAUUCUUCAAAGACAUGGACUGGGAGGCGCUGGAGCAGCGCAAAGUUCGACCACCAUUCCGGCCACGAGUGCGAAGCGCUCGCGAUGCUCUCAACUUUGACACGGAGUUCACGAAGGAAGACCCCGUACUGACGCCGGUCCCGAACGAUAUCAUACGCUGCAUCAAUCAGGACGAGUUCGCCGGCUUUUCCUUCACCAAUCCCGAGUUCGGUCCGGAGCGGAAGAUAGUUUGCUAA